GACAAAUCCCACAACGUGCGGGGCAGAGCAGGGCGCACCGGAGGGAGUGAUUAGUUUGUUUUCCAGCUGUCUGCUCUGCUGGCUGUUCUCGCUUUUUAUUUAUACCCGCGCAUCACCCCGGGCUCCGGCAGCAGCGCCUAUUUCUGCUGCACAGCCUAGUCCAGACUGACCGGCCGGCCGGCGUGUGUCCGGACUCCACAGCGAGCCAUGUCGAAGGAGGAGCCCUGGGUGGGAACAACAACAACAACAACAACAACAACAGGGCGCGCUGCUGUCCCGUUGCAACGUGCCCCGGCCCAUGUCCUCUAACCCGACUACGCCUGCCCCCGUUCAGUUCGGUCCAGUCCAUUCCAGGCCAGUCCCGCUUCGAGGCGCGCCCCGAUGGCUGAUGAGGAGCCCCAGCAGCCGGACCCCGGAGCGGGGAGUCUACCCGGCCUGCUCCCCGGGCUGCAGGGUGCUGAGGCCAGCGCUCUGCAGCUCAGGAUCAAGAACUCCAUCUGCAAAUCUGUCCAAUCAAAAGUGGAAAACAUCCUGCAAGAUGUGGAGAAGUUCUCAGACAUUGAAAAACUCUACCUCUACCUCAAGUUGCCUACGGGUCCCAGCAGCAGUGCAGAGAAAAGUGACCAGAGCGCCCUGUCGUCCAGCCGCACUCAGCAGAUGCACGCGUUCGGCUGGAUCCGCGAUCAUCUGGAGGAAUACCCGGAGACCUCUCUUCCCAAGCAGGAGGUCUACGAUGAGUACAAGAGCUUCUGUGACAAUCUCAACUACCACCCGCUGAGUGCUGCAGACUUCGGGAAGAUGAUGAAGAAUGUCUUUCCGAACAUGAAGGCGCGUCGUCUUGGCAUGAGAGGGAAAUCUAAAUAUUGCUACAGUGGACUAAGAAAGAGACCGUUUGUCCACAUGCCAUCUUUACCCACUCUAGAGCUCCAUAAAUCAGCAGACGGAUGCGACGCCCUGGAGUCUCCAUGCCAUGUGGGGGGCAUCAAGGAGGAUGUGCGAUUUGCAGCCUGUGACCUGGUGUGCGAAUGGGCUCAGAAGGUGCUGAAACGCCAGUUUGAUGCCGUUGAAGACUUGGCUCGCUUUCUAAUCGACAGCCACUACAUCAGCAACAAGUCUCUGGCAGCUCUCACUUUAAUGAGCGGCUCAGCAGCAGAGGUCAAACCUCAGCAGACCGUCUCAGCCUUCGCACCCACAGCCGAAGCUCAGCCUUUCCAGCCUCAGGGGAAAAUGUUUUCGUCGCCGUCCGUGGAUGCAAAGCAGCAGCUGCAGAGGAAGAUCCAGAGGAAACAACAGGAGCAGAAGAUGCAAUCUCCUUUACUGGGAGAAGAGCAGGCUAAGAGGAUGCUGGACAGCGUGGCUUGUGGCAGCCCCAGCCCUCCCUCGCCUCAGCCGGCCAUAGGCAUAGUGGUCGCUGCUGUCCCGAGUCCCAUCACGUUGCAGAAGAGCGGGCAGCUGAUGUCCUCGAGUCCUGUGGGGACGGUGGAGAGCAAAGUCCUGCCGAUUAACUUCCAGAUGGUGUCCCAGACAGUUCAGGUAGUGAACCAGAGCCCCAAACCUGCCCCCAGUAAUCUAACCAGCCCAGCAGGGGAGCGUCCAGUCCGCCAGCGCUACGCUCAAAUCCUGCCCAAGCCUUCUGCCACCUCCGGCAUCGCCAUGCGCUCGCCCUCCACCAUGAUCAUCGCCAACAGCCCCAUUAAGACCAUGAUGGCGACGUGCCAACUCAGCCCUGUCAGCUUGGUCAAGAUGACGGCCAUAUCGCUGGCCCCCAACGGCGGGGAGACGGCGUCCCUCCCGAACACCGCGCUGCGGCCGGCCUCUGCAGGCGUCGCUUCUGCAGCCGCGGCAGACUUCGGCUCCAGCCAGAGCGUACGGAGCGCUUCUGCCGUCCCCAUCCUGGCCCCGACCGCCGGGCCGGGGCAGAGCGCCGACACUCAGAGCAUGGAUGUGGAGAUGGAAGUUGAAGCAAUACACAUGAACAGCCAAAUGCAAAAUCCCAGCUGUCGCGUUUCGACCCAGGAGGGGACGUCCUGCAGAGCUGGAGGGGCUGUACAGAGAGCGGCUAGUGUGCCGAUACCUCACACCAAAGGCUUCCUGGGCCUUGAAGAAACGUCGGCUACUAGAUGCGGUGGAAACUCCUCGUCAGGCACCGACGCUGCGGUCAAACGUAACAGUGACGGCUCUAAUAAAGCCGGCACUUUGCACUUAACGUCUCCUAAUCUGAACACCAGCGCGCUUUCUCUAGUAAACACCAGCAGAUUAUCGUCCUGUGGAGAAGGCGCCCAAGCAGAGGAAGUGUUCUUAUCCGCAAAGAGCUUCAGGAAACGCUCGGGCCUCAGUCCAGACCUCUCCCCCGUCAAACGGGCUUUCAUGCCCCAGCAGCCAGCAGAGGGCACUACUUACAGCCCCGGCCAGGGUCCCUCAGACAGACCAGAGAGUGCACCAGCUUCCAGGGAGCUAGAGAUGAAACUGAGCUCUGUCUUCUCCACUCAGGUCCACGUACAAUGUUCUUCCUCUCUCAUCGACUCUGUUGCCAAAACACAAAGCUCUGCGCAGAGGAACAACACUCCCACUGUUAUGGAAACCAGCACUGUGGUCAGCGAUGCGUUGAUGCAGGAGCAGCGGAGGCACGCUGUGGGUAACGUUCAUGCCAUACCGGGAAACCCUGGUUAUCCGAAUCAUGCGGGCGUGAGUCUGAACUCAAGCGCCGGAGGAGUUUUGGAGGGAUCUCAUCAGUCCAGCCCCGCCGCGAACUCCCUCCAUUUCGCCUCUAACCAGCUACAGAUGCAGGAGCACAUGGGUUACUUCUCCUUCGACGACGACGUCACCCAGGACAGCAUCGUGGAGGAACUGGUCCAGAUGGAGGAGCAGAUGAAACUGAAACGGCUGCAGGAGCUCGGGAGCGGCGGCUCGCUGCCGUGCCAGCCCGUCAUGGCGCCAAGCAACGUCACGUCCGCCAACCAGACCAUCGGCGGGUUUUAUCAGGCCCCCAACCACAGCGGCAACCUCAUCCACACCCCCACACCCACUUCAGAGAUGAUGGGUGGAGCGCAGAGCCUGACGGGAGACAGCCCCUGCUCCCGGAUGGCCUCCACCACCCCGGUGGACAGCGCUCUGGGCAGCAGCCGCCACACCCCCAUUGGGACGCCCCACUCCAACUGCAGCAGCACCGUCCCUCCCAGCCCCGUGGAGUGCAGGAACCCCUUUGCCUUCACGCCCAUCAACUCCAGCAUGACGGGCUUCCACGACAGCAGCCCCGUCUCCAGCAGUCCGGUGAAGCCCAUGCAGCGGCCCACGGCCACGCACCCCGACAAGGCCCGGCUGGAGUGGAUGAGCAACAGCUACGGCUCCAACAAAUCAAACUGCGGGAUGGGAAUCCUCGCCGGCUGCAGAGGCCUGACGGACGAGCCUUUUCAAAAGCCGCACGCCUUCGCCGUCCCUCACGCGCGCCACCACGACGGCCACUGCGGCCGCCUGACUCCCAUUUCCCCCGUGCAGCAGCAGGCCGCCAGCGCGUGCCGGCAGGAGGGCUUCGCCGUGCCGGCCCCCCUGGACAACAAGGCCGCCGGCGCGUCCGCCGCGACGUUCCGCUGUCGCAGCGUAAGCCCCGCCGUGCAUCAGAGGAAUCUCAGUUUGAACGUAGGAGGCAACGCCCUCCCCAGCGUGGCCCGCUCUGUCGCGUCUCCCUUUAGUUCUCCCGUGACGCCCGAGGUGCUGAGCAUCUUUGCCAACAGCGAGGCGGACCUGGGGGCGAGCAGCAUGGCGCAGAGGAGCCGCUCGGUGCCUCUGAACGUCAUGAUGCAAACCGAGGUGCAGCAAUGCGGCAUGCUUUUGAGCAAACUGGAGGGGGACCACGAGGAUGCUCUGCGGGGUCUAGGCAUGCAUAACGUGCCCUCCGCCUACACCAGUCGGAUGAACAUGAGCCAGAUGCUGGAGGCCAAGUCCAGCCUCCCCUGCGGCGACAACCAACUCGGCCUGAUGGCGUCGGACUCCACCGGCUCCUUCAGCUCGCAGCAGACAGGUUACCUCAUGGAAAACGCUGUCAACGAGCGAAUGAGGCUCUCGGCAGGCGGCGGCCAAGCUCAGCCGGUGUCCGCUGAGCACCACCGGCACCAGCAGGCCCGCUCUGUCAUGCUGGCUUUGAGCUCGCAGCAGCAGGAGGAGCUGAAGCGCCAGCAGCACUCGGACUUCAGGAGUCCGCAGCAGCACCUCCUGACGGGUCCGCUCAUGGAGCAGGUGUCGGAGCUUACCGCGGGCGGGGCGGAUUUCCCCUGCGAAAUCAGAAUGACGUCGGAGCUCUCCGGCAGCAUCAACGACCUGAACGCGCUGGACACAAACCUGCUGUUCGACCCCAGCCAGCAGCAGCAGAGCAGGUUCCACGGCGCCGCGGCGGAGGAGCUGAACGAGCAGCUGUUCCAGCAGAUCAGCGAGACGGCCCAUUCAGGCGGGCUGGACUGGUUGGAGAGCAAAGAUCAUCCAACUGUUGGGCUGAUGGGCUGAAAACCCAGACUUUUAUAUAUUUUUUUCAUAUUACGCUGUUGUAGCUGUGUGUUUGUAAAUGUAUUUAUCAGGUAUUUACUCUAAUGUACUAAUUUAACUGAGGACAUGCUGGAGGUUUGUCCAGUUCAAGUGCCAGGCUGAACUGAAGUAAUGCUGCAACGCCGAGUAAAAUGCUGGUCAUUUCCCUUUAAUAACAUAAUUUAAAAAAAAAGAAUCGCCUCGUGUUUAGCCUAAAGCAUUUCUAACAAGCGGACGAAAUAUCGGCCUAAACUCACUGUUUUGUGUUUCUCCAAGUAACAGUUACGUCCUGGUAUUUACCGUUUAAAAACUGCAUCAAUAUUUAAUCAUAAUAUGAAUAAAAAUCUAAAUAAUUAUUUACCGUUAAUAUAUAAUAUCAGAGUUGUAUGUGUCAUAGACUUUUAGGAAGAAAUAAAACUCAACCGUCAUAGAUAUUAACAAAAACUAACCAUAGGUUGUGUAAAGGUGUACACCGCUGGCGUCCAAAAUGUUUUGCUGCUAGAUCCGAAAAACGUUUGCAAGCCAGGAAAAAUCAAUGUUUUUAAAUGACUACACUACGGUUAAUUUCCUUUGAUGUUCUGUUUAUCUGCUCAGUACCGAACUAAACAUGCAAGAUUUUAAUUAAAAGGAAAGUAGUCCGAAUUUU